GCCCUAGUAUGAUCCCUUAUUUUGACUGAUAUCAUUCAUAUAUAUAGAGAGAGAGAUAUAUAGAUAAAUAGAUAGAUCAAUUUAAAACAAAUGGAUUCCUUAUUCGCGGGGUCCAUGGCUGGCAUCUGCGUAGAUCUAAUCUUAUAUCCUAUAGACACACUCAAGACACGUAUUCAAUCAAAGAAGGGCUUCCUGGCGUCUGGAGGACUAUCCAACAUCUACAAAGGUCUCAGUGCAGUGGCUAUUGGUUCGGUGCCAGGGGGGGGGGCUUUUUUUACCGUUUACGAUACCACAAAACGCCAACUGUUUGGACUUCACCGCGAAUAUGUUUCAAGCUCAGAAUCUUCAGGCUUCAGCGCUGGUGUUUAUGCUUGUCAGGCGGUGGCGGCGAUGUGCGGAGAGAGUAGCGCGUGCUGCGUGCGUACGCCGGUGGAAAUGAUCAAACAACGGAUGCAAGUGGGACAUCAUAAAAGCAUCAUCGCGGCUCUGCGAUCAAUCACUAAUAAUAUCAAUAUCACGGAUACUUUUAGUCAGGAUCGGGUGGCUAGUGGUCAUAUACCGGUUCGUAUCAAAGGUCUUCAUUACCUGUUCUCAGGGAUGCCGAUCAUGCUUAUGCGUGAGUUACCCUUUUCUGUUAUUCAAAUGUCUCUAUACGAAUACUUAAAGUAUCAAUUGGCCCAGAAAAAAAUAUCUGAUCUCUAUCAAAUAGUUGGGUUACCGCUUUGUGGAGCGUUUAGUGGCGGUUGUGCUGCCUUUUUAACGACCCCGCUGGAUGUUAUCAAGACGAGAAUUAUGCUUCAGCCAACGCAAAUCCGGGGUAAGGGUAGAAUAGAGCAUGUCAUAAGAGAUCUAGCAACCGAACCAGCGCGCCCGGGCGAUCGUUUUGGGAUUAUCCAAAGGUUUUUCCGAGGUGCCUCAGCUCGGGUUCUUUGGAUUUCUAUGGGUGGAAGCAUAUUUUUCGGCACCUAUGAGCUUUUUAUGCGUUUUUCUUUGGUACGUGCCUAUUGAUGUCUUUAAUGAUUCUUUUCAUUGGUUUAAUAAUAGCUGAAUUAUGGGGUUUUUAUAUUGUUAUUUUAAGUACAAGAAUUCGGAUGCAAAUCAAUGACACUUGAUUUGGGCCAUCUUUGUUUAUAUUCUCCCAAAAGGAGGGUAAAAAUAAUGGGACAUCAA